GCUCCCCAACUGGAGCUUAACAGGUUGGUGGUAUAAUUUGGAGACUUUAAGGGGUGUCACAGUAGGAGCUUAGGCAAGAUUCAGGGCGUCUUCUGGUUCUCCAGACUUGGACCCGCUGGGCUUGGAAAGCAGGCAGGUGAGAGGAGGAAGGAGCUUGAAGCAGGUGAGGUGGGUGACAGUGCGAAGCAAAGUUUGAGAGGGGCCCAUGGCCAUGAGUGAGCUGGGCACACAGAAGACCAGCGAAGGUGCCGUCUCUCGCCUGCUCAAUGUGGUGGAAAGUGAGCUUCAGGCCGGAAGGGAAAAAGGUGACCCCACAGAGAAGCAACUUCAGAUCAUCCUGGAGGAUGCACCCCUGUGGCAGAGGUUCAAGGAAGUCACUAAUGAGAUGAUCGUGACCAAGAACGGCAGACGGAUGUUCCCUGUCCUGAAAAUUAGUGUCACAGGACUGGACCCCAAUGCUAUGUACUCCCUCCUGUUGGACUUUGUCCCUACGGACAGUCACCGCUGGAAGUACGUCAACGGGGAGUGGGUACCCGCGGGCAAGCCUGAGGUCUCCAGCCACAGCUGCGUCUACAUCCACCCCGACUCCCCCAACUUCGGGGCCCACUGGAUGAAGGCUCCCAUCUCCUUCAGCAAGGUGAAGCUGACCAACAAGCUGAACGGAGGUGGGCAGAUAAUGCUGAGUUCUCUGCAUAAGUACGAGCCCCAGGUCCACAUAGUACGUGUCGGGGGUGCCCACCGCAUGGUAAUGAACUGCUCCUUCCCCGAAACCCAGUUCAUUGCUGUGACUGCCUAUCAGAAUGAGGAGAUCACAGCUCUCAAAAUCAAGUACAACCCUUUUGCCAAGGCCUUCUUGGAUGCCAAGGAAAGAAAUCAUCUAAAAGAUGUCCCGGAGGCAGUCCCUGAGGGCCAGCCUGUGGCCUAUUCCCACUUGGGAGGCUGGAUCUUUUCCAACCCAGAUGGUAUGUGCACAGCAGGCAACAGCAGCUACCAGUACGCAGGUCCUCUGCCUCUGCCCACCCCACACACACACCACGGCUGUGAGCACUACGCUGGCCUCCGAGGACGCCGCCAGGUGCCCUACCCCCCGGCCUACGUGCACAGGAGCCAUUCUCCCUCAGUGAACUUGAUAGAAAGUUCAAACAGUAACCUGCAAGUCUUCUCAGGACCUGACAGCUGGAAUUCCUUGUCCUCUCCUCCCCACGCCAGCAUCCUGUCUGUACCCCACACCAGUGGACCAAUCAAUCCAGGGCCCAGCCCUUAUCCGUGCCUGUGGACCAUCAGCAAUGGAGGUGGAGGUCCUGCAGGCUCAGCCCCCGAGAUGCAUGCCAGCAGCCCUGGGGCAUUUCUCCUUGGAAACCCAGCUGUGACUUCACCUCCUUCAGGGCUGCCCACGCAGGCACCAGCUUCAGCAGGUGUGGAGGUUCUGGGAGAGCCUGCACUCACCAGCAUCGCAGUGUCUACCUGGACGGCAGUGGCCUCGCAUCCCUUCCCAGGCUGGGGUGGUCCGAGUGGGAGUGGGCGCCACUCUCCCUCUCCUUUGGACAGCUAGGAAGAAGCUGAGCAGCCUGUGUUGGCAGAGGACCCUGGACGUGUGCAGUGCUGAAAAACCCCAUCUGCUGACUGGGGUCUCCAGGGUCCACUUGUCCUGGAAGUCCUUCUGGAGGUGGGGUGUUGCAGGGGAAUGCCAAACACACCCACUCCCAUCUCCCUGCCAUAUUCCUCUGCAAUCCCAUUUUCUCUGGGUUCAACCCUGCCAUUGUUAGAUGUGGUGAAACUUCACCCAUCACUUCUUGGUUUCCUUCCCCUGGAAAGCUGAUGAGAUGAUACAAUUGAUCAUGUGCUACAGUAGUGUGUCUGUAGUUGAGGGGAUGAGGCCACCUCCCUCCCUGGCUCUGCUCCCACCCUUUUCUGGGCUUCAGCUCCCUGUAUCAACCUUUACUUCUUGUUCCACCAGAGCAUUCCUAGUCACUGCCCUUUCCCUUCUGGAUGCCUCUGCCAGUCCCUGGAAUGGCCCUCCCUCCCCACUUCACCAGUGUGACUCUGUCCACCCCUCUGGGGUCCUGUGGGAGCAAUGCUUGUGAAUCCAUGCAGCUGGUGAAACGCACCUUUCCUCAAUGGUUGCUCUCCCUGGUCACAGAGCUCACAUCCUUCUGUUUUGCAUUUUUGUUACCCAUGAGGUUGUCUCUCUUCACUAGAGUAUAUGCUCCUCAAGGGGGAUGCCUGGCCUUCCCACCUUUGUGCCCCUUAACACGCUGCA